GGGGUGGCGGGCGCAGAGGCGGGAGUGGAAAUCUUUGGCCUCCACGCAAAAGUCUCCUGCAUGACGCCAGGCGCGAAAAGAAGAAAGGCAGCCGAGCCAUCGAAGGUCACCGAAUCUCAUCCUCAGCAAUAAGAACCUCGCGAUUUCACACCCACCACACUUCCUUUCUUCUCACCAAACACUAUCCGAUCCAUACCUCCCCUUCACCCACACAACACAUACACACAUCAUCAUGACCAAGGCAGUCGGAAUUGAUCUGGGUACCACCUACUCCUGUGUCGCCGUAUGGCAACAGGACCGGGUCGAAGUCAUUGCCAACGACCAGGGUAACAGGACAACACCAUCAUACGUCGCCUUCACCGACACCGAGAGGCUGAUCGGUGACGCCGCAAAGAACCAAGUAGCCAUGAACCCCCACAACACAGUCUUCGACGCCAAGCGACUCAUUGGACGCAAGUUCGAGGACUCGGAUGUGCAAGCAGACAUGAAGCACUGGCCUUUCACCGUCGUCAACACCUCGGGCAAGCCUCAGAUCAAGGUCGAGUACAAGGGUGAGGAGAAGAUCUUCACACCCGAGGAGAUCUCUUCCAUGGUCCUCCUCAAGAUGCGUGAGACCGCCGAGGCUUACCUCGGUGGCUCCGUCAAGGACGCCGUCGUCACCGUUCCCGCAUACUUCAACGACUCCCAGAGGCAAGCUACCAAGGACGCUGGUGUCAUCGCCGGUCUCAACGUGCUGCGAAUCAUCAACGAGCCCACUGCCGCCGCCAUUGCUUACGGUCUCGACAAGAAGGCCGAGGGUGAGAAGAACGUCCUCAUCUUCGACUUGGGAGGAGGUACAUUCGAUGUCUCGCUCCUGACCAUCGAGGAGGGUAUUUUCGAGGUCAAGGCCACCGCCGGUGACACACACUUGGGUGGAGAGGACUUUGACAACCGUCUCGUCAACCACUUCGUCCAGGAGUUCAAGCGCAAGAACAAGAAGGACCUCACCACCAACGCUCGUGCCCUCCGUCGUCUGCGUACCGCCUGUGAGCGAGCAAAGCGAACUCUGUCUUCCGCCGCCCAGACCUCCAUCGAGAUCGACUCGCUCUUCGAGGGUAUCGACUUCUACACUUCGCUCACCCGAGCCCGAUUCGAGGAGCUGUGUGGUGACCUCUUCUCCCACACCCUCGAGCCCGUCGAGAAGGUGCUGCGCGACUCCAAGAUUGACAAGGGAUCCGUCAACGAGAUUGUCCUUGUCGGUGGUUCCACUCGUAUCCCCCGUGUGCAGAAGCUCCUCCGUGACUUCUUCAACGGACGUGAGCCCAACAAGUCGAUCAACCCCGACGAGGCCGUCGCCUACGGAGCUGCCGUCCAGGCCGCCAUUCUGUCCGGCGACACAUCCGAGAAGACUCAGGACCUGCUGCUCCUCGACGUUGCCCCUCUCUCCAUGGGUAUCGAGACCGCUGGUGGUGUCUUCACCCCUCUGAUCAAGAGGAACACCACUGUGCCCACCAAGAAGUCUGAGACCUUCUCUACCUACGCCGACAACCAGCCCGGUGUGUUGAUCCAGGUCUUCGAGGGUGAGCGUGCCCGCACCAAGGACAACAACCUCCUCGGAAAGUUCGAGCUGUCCGGUAUCCCCCCUGCCCCUCGUGGUGUGCCUCAGAUUGAGGUCACCUUCGACGUCGAUGCCAACGCUGUGCUGAACGUCUCUGCCAACGACAAGACCUCUGGCAAGAGUGAGCGCAUCGCCAUCACCAACGACAAGGGUCGUCUGUCCAAGGAGGACAUUGAGAGGAUGGUUUCCGACGCCGAGAAGUACAAGGAGGAGGACGAGGCGGCCGCCGCCCGUAUCACCUCGCGUAACGGUCUGGAGUCGUACGCCUACCAGCUGCGCAACAGCCUGAACGAGGAGCAGUUCGCCAGCAAGCUGUCCGAGGAGGACAAGAAGGCUCUGCAAGACGCCACCAAGGACACCAUCGACUUCCUGGACGCCUCUGCCGAGGCUAGCAUCGACGAGUACGAGAGCAAGAAGAAGGAGCUCGAGGCCAUUGCCAACCCCAUCAUGCAGAAGGCUUACGCUGGAGCUGGUGGCGCACCCGGUGGCAUGCCCGGUGCCGGUGGACCAGGUGGUGCCCCCGGUGCUGGUGCUGACGAGCCCUCGGUGGAGGAGGUGGACUAAACGUCUUCGCUUCCCUUCAUCGUUUCGUCUAGAUCUUAGCCUCUCAUCAUCAUGCCUACGUCCGUUUCCCGCAUCAAUGUCUCGGCCCUCUCAUACACCUUGUACUUUGUCUCUCUUUUCCCUCAUGAUUCCCAUCUGACGUGGUCACAAAAAUGAAGCCAAUAGAUGUUUCCCGAACAUUGAGCUCUACCCUAUGAC